GUUAUGCGCAGACGCAACAUUCCACCGGGUUGAAGAUUUCAUAGCACAAACAGUGACAGAUAUUUCAUUUUCAGGCGAUUCAUUUUGAUUUUACAUUUAUUCAUGCUCAUAAAGUCGCAAUCGGUGUGAUGCUGUUGAUAUCGUGAAGUAGGUUGAAGAGUUAAGUUUAAAAGAAAAUACAGCUAGCUUCUAAACGCAAGUCGAGGGGACUUGCAAACUGUAUCUGAAGCACUGCGACUAAGAACUUCAACGACAAACAUUGACAUCAGAGAGUUGACAGACAAGUGUCAGAAAAGGUUAAAAUGAGGUUUAAAACCUCAUUGCAGAAGGAACCUAAACAUACAGAGAUAGUGACCUGUACUGGCUGGACGACUCCUGAUGAGGUCUACUCUGGCAGUGAUGACCACCAGAUACUCAGGUGGAAUUUGCUGAACAAUGAGUGCACCUGUCUAGUUAAGCUGGGUAAUGAUGUCUACCCCACAGAUCUGCACUGGUUUCCUAAGAGUGGGGCAGGGGGCAAGAAGGGGGGCUCUGGAGGGGCUGACGUCUUUGUCCUGGGGUCGUCAGAUGGCAAAUAUCAUUUGGUGUCUAAGACGGGGCGUGUGGAGAAGUCAGUGGAGGCCCACAGGGGGGCAGUGUUAGCCUGUAGGUGGAGCUAUGAUGGCACUGCUAUGGUGACAGCUGGAGAAGAUGGCCUUGUAAAAAUCUGGUCAAGAAGUGGAAUGUUGAGAUCAACUCUAGUCCAGAACAGUAGCCCAGUGUAUUCUGUGUGCUGGAGUCCAGAUAAUGACCAGAUACUGCUGACCAAUGGUAAACAGCUGGUGAUCAAGCCAAUGCAGGCCAACGCCAAACCUGUCAUGUGGAAGGCCCAUGACGGUGUGAUACUGAAAGCUGACUGGAAUGCCUCCAACAACUUGAUACUGUCUGGGGGAGAGGACUGCAAGUACAAGGUGUGGGACCACUAUGGCCGUCUUCUGUACAGCAGUGUCACCCAUGACUACCCCAUCACCUCCGUGGCUUGGACACCUGAUGGGGAAUUGUUUGCUGUUGGAUCUUUUAACACUCUCAGACUGUGUGAUAAGGCUGGGUGGUCCUAUGCCCUGGAGAAGCCCAACACAGGCAGCAUCUUUUCAUUAUCGUGGUCCAGUGACGGCACGCAGGUUGCAGGGGCUUGUGGGAAUGGUCAUGUGAUCUUUGCACACCUGGUGGAAAAACGUCUAGAAUGGAAGAAUUUUGAGGUGACAGUGACAGGAGCCAAGACUAUAGAUGUCAGGAAUGUAGUGGACGAUACCAAAGACAAGCUAGACUUUAGAGACAGGAUUAUCAAAACCUCGCUGGGGUUCAACCAUCUAGUAGUCACUACAUCCUCGCAGUGUUAUGUGUACAGCACGCGUAACUGGAACACUCCCAUGAUAUCUGAUUUGAAAGAGGGCGCUGUUAACCUUAUACUGCAGGCUGAGAAACAUUUCCUGCUGGCAGACAAUGUUGGUGUCCAUGUGUAUUCUUAUGAGGGAAGACUGGUGUGUUCACCUAAGUUCCAAGGCAUGAGAACAGAUGUCCUCAAUGCACAGACCGUCACCAUCAGCAAUGACACAGUGGCCAUCAGGGACAAGACAGAUGAAAAAGUGAUCCACUUGUUUGAGGCGACUACAGGCAAACCUCUGGGAGAUGGCAAACCCAUCACACACAAGCUGGAAGUAAUGGAGAUAGCUCUGGACCAGUGUGGUCCUUCCAAUGAGAGACGGCUGGCCAUCAUAGACAAGAACAGAGACCUGUACCUCACCUCUGUUAGAACAUUUGGUACAGAGAGAAAGACUGUCAAACUGGGCACAAUGAUUCUGUCUCAAGUCUGGAAUGACAACAGUAAUAUGCUAGCUGCAAUGGCUGAUGGGAAGUUCACAGUCUGGUAUUAUCCUAACGUGGCGUACGUAGACAGAGAUUUGCUGCCAAAGACAGUCUGUGAAAAAGAUGCCAGUGAGUUUGGCAAGAACCCACAACUGCUAAGUUUCCUGGGCAGUCACGUGAGUCUGCGCCGCGCAGAUGGCUCUCUGGUCAGCACAGGCAUCUCCCCCUACCCGGCCAUGCUGCACAACUUUGUGAUGGGGUCGCGGUGGGAAGAUGCUGUCAGACUGUGCAGGUUUGUCAAGGAUGACACAAUGUGGUCCUGCCUUGCUGCUAUGGCCGCCUAUGCCAAGGAGCUGAAUACAGCUGAAGUGGCAUAUGCUGCCAUCAAUGAGGCUGACAAGGUGCAGUACAUCCUCCAGAUCAAGGAGAUCCCACUGAAGGAGGCCAGGAAUGCAGAGAUGGCUCUGUUCUCUGGCAACCCUCAAGACGCGGAGGGCAUCCUGCUGCAGGCUGGGCUGGUGUUCAGGGCCAUCAUGCAGAAUAUACAGCUGUAUAACUGGUCCAGAGCCCUGGAGCUGGCAGUGAAACACAAGACUCAUGUAGACACAGUUCUGGCAUACAGACAGAAAUAUCUACAGGUGUUUGACAGGACAGAGACAGACAAGAGAUUUGAGCAGUAUGCAAAAGGGUCAGAGGACAAGGUUGAUAUAGACUGGGAAAAGAUCGAGCAGAAGAUAGAAAUGGAAUAUUCCAAGGAGAAGGAGAGAGGAGGAGGGAAACGAUAAGUCGUCUGCCGAGACAUUUUACACCAAUUCUCACAGAAAAAUGUGCAGAACCCAUCCGUGAUCAAUUUGUUAUUAACACCAAAGAUUUGAAGAUAUUUUUUAAUCAACAAUAUGGAGCCUUCUCUCCAGCUGGAAGGAAAAUAUUGGAAGAUGUGAGAAGAGAUAUAUCAAGCUUCCUUCCGCCUGACUAUAAACUGAAUAACUGUUAAAACUCAGAAAAAUGCAUUGAAAACGAUUGUGUAGAAGGAGACGCUUGUGUGAAUAAUGAUUUAGUUUAAGUUAAUGUUAUUCACAAACAUCUUGUGGACACCUGAAGAGCGAGGUAGAGUGACUGCCAGUAAGCUCACGACCCAAUAAGAUAUUGUAUUCAUACGGAGUUGUCUAAGCUAUUACAUAAUGGGUAUCAGAAUUAACAUUCCGUCCAGUCGAACUUGUUUGAAAGUUUUGUAAAUAAAUGUGUGUAACCAU